AUGGCAUUGCUCUUUUUCAUGGAUCAUCUCAUGCAAAAGAACGGUCGCCGCACAAUUCACGAUUUAUCGUGUCAAUUCGGUGCUCGGGGUUUCACGGAAGAGAUGCGAAAUGCAGUGGGAACGACACAAGAAGGAUUGACGGAUUUCCUUCAACAACACCCCUCACUUUUCACCAUUGAUGGAGAUCAAGUGAUUCUGAAUGGCUUUGGUGACAUCACCGCAAAGAACAAUCCACUUCUACAAAAUGGAUCUAGACAAAGAGAUUACGAGAAAGAGGCUGUACAGUUCUUCGUCAAUAAACUCACCAAAUUUGGCCCAGAACUUCAGAUAAAAUCCCUGUUGGGUCAUCGCUCGCAAGCAGCUCCAGAAGUACGUCUUGUCUCUGGUCGACAUCUAAAGGAUUUUUGUGAAUUUCUGCAGCAACAAGUUGAUCAUUUCGUUGUUGAAGGGGAUCGAGUCAGAUUAAAGAAUAUGCCCGAACCGAGCGAGGACGCAAUCGAAUUGGACGACGAGGGGAAACCGCUAGCUGGAGUGAAAGCAAAACAAGCGGCUGUCGAAUAUUUGAAGAGUGUUCUUGAACAGAAUGAUGAUCAACCGAUUCCCCUUGACGCUUUCUAUCAGCAUUUUUGCGGUCGUUUCUCGCAUUCUGUUCGACAAGAUGUGGCGACAAAUCCAAAAGAACUACUCCAAUUUUUGAAGCUUAACCGUGGUCUUUUCUUCAUUCGGAGUAACAAGGUCUCACUGGUGAAAAAUCGUCUAUCCGAGGAUGGAUCAGAAAAUGGAUCGGAUGAGGGAGAUCCAGAGACAAACAAUAAUCUCUUCCCAUUGGAUCAAACAGCUCUCUCACGAAUCCAUUAUGUGAAAGCAUUGAAACCAGCACAGGAAUUGAUCGAAAGACUCUGGAAUGAGGUGAACACAAUGGAGAGGAAAGUGGUCGGAGUCGAUCUGAAGACGGUCACUGUCGGAGCUGAAGGGGAACAAUUCCUCUCGUUGGCCAUCAUUGCGACCACUAAUCAAAUAGGCGUACUUGAUUUGGCUUCGUCUGAUGUGAUUCUACUGGAAAGUGGAAUUAAGCAGCUUCUCGAAUCGGAUCGAGUAGUCAAGGUAAUGCACGACGCUCGUCGUGUUUCUUCACUUCUUGCUCACAAAUAUGCUUUAAUGCUCAGAAAUGUCUUUGAUACACAGGUAGCCCAUGCAGUUCUUCAACACGACAAAUUCGGUAAACCCCUUCAUGACACCCGGCCGAUCAGUUUCGUCAAUCUACAACGAGUCUACUAUCCACAAUCGAUUUUGAUGAGCGAUGUGACGCCGAGGAAACUCUCGAUGAGUCCAAAUUGGGCCGUCGAGGAGGCUCACACGUUGAUUUGUGCUCUUCACCAACAACUCUCCAAUUUGAUUCCCGUUCAUUUACGAGGUUUAUUUGAAGACAAAUGUAUAGAAGCGUUGCUGGCCUCACCGACUCGUCCUCCUCCACAAACGUUCAACACCGGAUCGCCAUAUCGAUCUUCGACUCGUCGAGGCGAACGGGCUGUUUACACGGCACCAUCUCCGCAACAAUAUCAGUCAUCACCAUCAACGGGAAAUCAAACCCCGAGAAAAAUGGUCGACGCCGCAUGCCAAACCUUCUCAACUGGUGAGGUGCACGUGUUAAAUGUCUUUUAUGAA